AAGUGAAACUUCACAACACCACCUAGUUUCUUUCUAGAAAAAGGCAUCCAGUGUUUUUAUACAUUUCAAUCUGGUUCAUUCCAUACUUUACACACAUAUAUUAAAACACAAUGUUGUCAAGAACUAUUAAAUCAUCAUUAAAACGUGUUCCAAGACCUUUGGCUGUCUCCGGGUUAAAGGUUACCAAUGCUGUUGCCAUCAGAUCGAUGCACAUCCAAUCCUCAAAUAGAGCUUUUGAUAGACCAAUGAACUUGUCAUUCUCUCGUUUUGCUUCUACCACCGUCAAGGUCCCAGAUAUGGCUGAAUCCAUCACUGAAGGUACUUUAACUGCAUUCAAUAAAGAAGUUGGUGAAUAUGUGAAUCAAGAUGAACAAAUUGCCACCAUUGAAACCGAUAAGAUUGAUGUUGAAGUAAAUGCUCCAGUUGCUGGUACUAUCACUGAAUUCUUGGUUGAACUUGAAUCUACUGUUGAAGUUGGACAAGCCCUUGCUACCAUUGAAGAAGGUGCUGCCCCAGAAGGUGGUGCUGCUGCUGCUGCUCCAGCUGCUCCAAAGGAAGAGGCCAAGCCAGCUGAAUCUGCUGCUCCAGCCGCUUCUGCUGCUGCCCCAGCCGCCACUCCAGCCGCUGCUCCAGCUGCUCCAAAGAAGGAAGCUCCAGCUCCAAAGAAGGAAGAACCAAAGGCCGCUGAAGCCAAGUCCGGUGCUACUUUUACCAACUUCUCUAGAAACGAAGAAAGAGUCAAGAUGAACAGAAUGAGAUUAAGAAUUGCUGAACGUCUUAAGGAAUCCCAAAACACUGCUGCUUCGUUAACUACCUUCAAUGAAGUCGAUAUGUCCAACUUGAUGGAAAUGAGAAAAUUAUACAAAGAUGAAUUCCUUGAAAAGACUGGUACCAAGUUAGGUUUCAUGGGUGCUUUCGCCAAGGCUUCUUGUUUAGCUGCCAAGGAAAUCCCAGCUGUUAACGCUGCCAUUGAAAACAACGAUACCUUAGUUUUCAGAGACUACACCGAUAUUUCUAUUGCUGUUGCUACUCCAAAGGGUUUGGUUACUCCAGUUCUUAGAAACGCUGAAUCCUUAUCUAUCUUGGGUAUUGAACGUGAAAUCUCCAACUUGGGUAAGAAGGCUAGAGAUGGUAAGUUAACCAUUGAAGACAUGACCGGUGGUACUUUCACUAUUUCUAACGGUGGUGUUUUCGGUUCCUUAUAUGGUACUCCAAUUAUCAACAUGCCUCAAACUGCAGUUUUAGGUUUACAUGGUGUCAAGCAAAGACCAGUUACCGUCAACGGUCAAAUUGUUUCUAGACCAAUGAUGUACUUGGCUUUAACUUAUGAUCACAGAGUCUUGGAUGGUCGUGAAGCUGUUACUUUCUUGAAGACCGUGAAGGAAUUAAUCGAAGACCCAAGAAAAAUGUUGUUAUUAGAGUAAACUGAUAUCUUAGAUAUAUGUACAUUACGGUAAUAACAGUAAUCUUUUAAAAGAACAAGUUUUUAUCUCCUCUUUAUAUUUAUAUUACAUCGAUUUGCAUUGUU